CUCCGCGCGCUGCCUGGAGGGUGAGGGCACGCAGCAUGGAGUGGGGUUACCUGUUGGAAGUGACCUCGCUGCUGGCCGCCUUGGCUCUGCUGCAGCGCUCUAGCGGCGCUGCAGCCGCCUCGGCCAAGGAGCUGGCGUGCCAAGAAAUCACCGUGCCGCUGUGCAAAGGAAUCGGCUACAACUACACCUACAUGCCCAACCAAUUCAACCACGACACGCAGGACGAGGCGGGCCUGGAGGUGCACCAGUUCUGGCCGCUGGUGGAAAUCCAGUGCUCACCGGACCUCAAGUUCUUCCUGUGCAGUAUGUACACGCCCAUUUGCCUGGAGGACUACAAGAAGCCCCUUCCUCCCUGCCGCUCGGUGUGCGAGCGCGCCAAAGCCGGAUGCGCGCCCCUCAUGCGCCAGUACGGCUUCGCCUGGCCGGACCGUAUGCGCUGUGACCGGCUGCCGGAACAGGGCAACCCCGACACGUUGUGCAUGGACUACAACCGCACGGACCUCACUACGGCUGCACCCAGCCCGCCGCGCCGCCUGCCGCCGCCGCCUCCCGGCGAACAGCCGCCCUCCGGCAGCGGCCACGGCCGCCCGCCAGGGGCCAGGCCCCCGUCCCGCGGCAGGGGCGGGGGUGGCGGGGACGCGGCGGCGCCCCCCACACGCGGCGGCGGCGGGAAGGCGCGGCCCCCUGGCGGCGGCGCGGCGCCCUGCGAGCCUGGCUGCCAGUGCCGCGCGCCCAUGGUGAGCGUGUCCAGCGAGCGGCACCCGCUCUACAACCGUGUAAAGACCGGCCAGAUCGCCAACUGCGCCCUUCCCUGCCACAACCCCUUCUUUAGCCAGGACGAGCGGGCCUUCACCGUUUUCUGGAUUGGCCUGUGGUCUGUACUGUGUUUUGUUUCCACCUUCGCCACCGUGUCCACCUUCCUCAUCGACAUGGAGCGCUUCAAGUACCCUGAGAGGCCCAUCAUCUUUCUCUCUGCCUGCUACCUCUUCGUGUCGGUCGGCUACCUCGUACGCUUGGUGGCCGGCCAUGAGAAGGUGGCGUGCAGCGGUGGCGCGCCGGGCGCGGGGAGUGCGGGCGGUGGGGGCGGUGCUGCGGCGGGCGCCGGCGCGGCGGGCGCGGGCGCGGGCGGCCCGGGCGGGCGAGGCGAGUACGAGGAGCUGGGCGCAGUAGAGCAGCACGUGCGCUACGAGACCACAGGCCCAGCGUUGUGCACCGUGGUUUUCCUGCUCGUCUACUUCUUCGGUAUGGCCAGCUCCAUCUGGUGGGUGAUCCUAUCGCUCACGUGGUUCCUGGCAGCUGGCAUGAAAUGGGGCAACGAGGCCAUCGCCGGCUACUCGCAGUACUUCCACCUGGCCGCGUGGCUCGUGCCCAGCGUCAAGUCCAUCGCCGUGCUGGCGCUCAGCUCCGUGGACGGCGACCCGGUGGCGGGCAUCUGCUAUGUGGGCAACCAGAGCCUCGACAACCUGCGCGGCUUCGUGCUGGCGCCGCUCGUCAUCUACCUCUUCAUCGGCACUAUGUUCCUGCUGGCGGGCUUCGUGUCGCUCUUCCGCAUCCGCUCGGUCAUCAAGCAGCAGGGCGGCCCCACCAAGACGCACAAGCUGGAGAAGCUCAUGAUCCGCCUGGGCCUCUUCACCGUGCUCUACACGGUGCCGGCCGCCGUCGUGGUCGCCUGCCUCUUCUAUGAGCAGCAUAACCGCCCGCGCUGGGAAGCCACGCAUAACUGCCCAUGCCUGCGGGACCUGCAGCCCGACCAGGCGCGCCGACCUGACUACGCGGUCUUCAUGCUCAAGUACUUCAUGUGCCUGGUCGUGGGCAUCACCUCUGGCGUGUGGGUCUGGUCAGGCAAGACGCUUGAGUCGUGGAGGGCCCUGUGCACCCGCUGCUGCUGGGCCAGCAAGGGCGCCGCUGUGGGCGGGAGUGCUGGCGUGGGGGACACGGGCGGACCGGGGGCCGGCGGGGGGGCGGGCGGGGGGCCGGGGGGCGGUGCGGGCUCGCUCUACAGCGACGUCAGCACCGGCCUGACGUGGCGAUCUGGCACAGCCAGCUCCGUAUCCUACCCAAAGCAGAUGCCAUUGUCCCAGGUCUGAGAGAAGGGGAGGGGACACCGGAAGGAAUGGGGGGGCGAGGAGGCCAAGUCCUGCGAAGGGACACUAGACGGGCUGAGCUUCCCACCCCUUCACCGUGUUGACUGCUAUUAGCAUGAUAAUGAACUCUUAAUGGUAUCCAUUAGCUGGGACUUAAAUGACUCGCUUAGAACAAAGUACCUGGCAUUGACGGCUCCCAGACCAGCCCCUAUCCUCCAUUGCUUUGCGAGGAGCUCCUCCCGCCAGGCGUUAAUUUUUAUUGGCAGAGGAGGGUGGACUCUCCUGUGUUCCCAGAACCCAAGGUUUGGAACCCUCGCUGGUUGCCAGUCGCUGAGCUUGAAGCCAGAUCUACAGAUUUCACCUGAGGGACCUAUUUUUCUCCUACGUAGACUCUUACUCCUUACAUAUCCUAGUGGAGGGAUGAUCGCGACCUAACGGGAUUGCACGGUUUGGGUAUUCUUAAUGACCAGGCAAAUGCCUUAAAUAAACAAAUGUCUUAAUUGUACACCCCAAAUAAAUACGGGUUUCUUACAGUAGAGGAUGUAUUUAUAUAAUUAUUUGUUAAAUUGUAAAAAUUGUAAAAUAUGUACAUAUCCAAAGAUAUACAGUCUGUACAUUUUUUGUAAAAUUUUAGAGGCCACCCCUGUAAGAACAAAUAUAAGUAUUCUAUUUUGUCAAUAAAAUGACUUUUGAUAAAUGAUUUAAACAUUGCCCUCUCCCCCUGCCUCAGAAUUCUAAGCUGUUAUCUUUAAAGUGCUUGCUAAGGACAUGCUGGAAAAAAUGGACAUUUCCUGGUUUCUUACUCUGUACACUGACCUUAGGCAUGGAGAAAAUGACCUGUUAAAUCCUAGUUCUUAAGUUGUUGAACUGAAAUCAAAACUUGAGUUUUUGCACCUUCCAAAAAAAUGGUAGCUCUCUUUUUGAUCCAUGGAUAACAACACUCACCUUAGAGUAUGUAAGAGGGACUUUUGCAAGGAAGUAAUUCUACUCAGCCUUGUUAUUUAUCUUGUAUAAUAUCACUAAAGGCUUCAAAACCCCACAUUUAUUUCUCUCUCGAGUCCGUGAUUUUGAAAGCACCUGGUUUACCAGCAACUAAACACACUGCUGAAGUGUAGAGGUUAAUGUUUUAAACUAUGGAUCACACUUUACAGUAUAAGUCACUUGACAAUUUGGUAGUGGAGCAGGCGUCUUUAAUGGAUUAAACUAACGGGUUAACAUCUUAAUAACCUUUCCAGGCUUGUGUAUAUCAAAUGUGCUUCUUUUCUUAGAGAAAAAGCUAUUGUUCCUCUGUAAAAGACUAAGCUAAUUUAUUUGAGCAGAAGGCUGUUGAAUUAGCAGAAGAAUGCUUUGGCAAUUGUUGAACUUUUUACCUGUCUGCCCAGUGGCCCAGCACAUCAUUCCUUUAAGAGCAGCUAAAUGAAUAGGGUUAAUCUGUAGGGAACUUGGUCUUUUGAGUUUAAAAAACUUUGAUCUUUUCUCCUCUCCAAAUGUGCUGUAUAGUCUGAAGUUUCUUUCCCUGCUGCCUGGCUCCUCUUGGCGCAGACCAAUUGGCCACCGUGGAGCCUUAAAGUUCUCCCAUUAAAGGCAUGUGGGACUUUUACUUUAAAAAGGAGAGAGAGCGAGGGAGAGGAAGACUUGUAACAGUUAGUGAAGACCAGAGGCACAAGUGCGCUCAGCCUUUUAAACAGCUUUUCCUGGCAUUGUUAGCCAGCCUGCAGGCAGCUAGGCAUGGGUUGAAGCAUUAUAGAAAAAAGCUCUGAAUGCCCUACAGGUGGUCUGCGCACAUAAUCCCCCAAUUUAAAGCGUUUUCCUUUGCUGGACAAUUGCAUUACAAAACUCCCUUCUUUUUUGCUCCUAAUUGAACCAAUGAACUAUUAUAAACUACAAGUUUUUCUU